AUGGCAAUGGCAGCGCCGGCGAGCCCUGGCGAGGACAUGGACGUGGAGGUGGCGGCCUUCCUGGCGUCCUGCGCAGCCUCCGAGUACGGCGCCGCCGAGGCCCUGCUCGACCGCCUCGAUGCCCCCGCCUCCCGUGCAGCCGCACGACGCCUCCUCGGAGCCGUGAGCACACUGAUCAUAGCGGAGCAUGAAGGCGAGCUCGUCAAGCCAUCUUCCCUGAGUGCGUUGGCGGCUGCCGAGGUCAUCGCCAAAGUGAACAAGGUGUCUCUUCUUCUCGGUGGAUCCGGACCGACGCUGCACAAGGCUGCCCAACAUGCUGCGUCUAGCCACCCAUUGGUCAAUGAGGUUCUUGUUGCGGAUUCAGACGUGUUUGCGCAUCCUUUAGCCGAGCCUUGGGCCGAGCUGCUCCGCUCCGUGCAGCAGAAAGGUGGAUACUCUCAUGUGAUAGCCUCGUCGACGUCGUUCGGGAAGAAUUUGCUUCCACGUGCAGCGGCUCUUCUAGAUGUCUCCCCUGUCAUGGACGUCACUGCCAUAUGUGAACAACGCGUCUUUGUGAGGCCAAUUUAUGCUGGAAAUGCACUCUGCACUGUACAAUAUACCGGAGAGUCUCCUUGUAUGAUGAGUAUUAGAUCAACAUCAUUUUCUCCAGCUACUGAGUCUAUGUCAGAAACUAAAGUUGCGCUCAUAACCCAGGUUGAUCUCUCUUUCCUCAGUGAAGGUUUGUGUGGUUCCCUCACCAUAUUCUUCUAUUAUCAACACUCUUCUAUGCCUUGCAGAGUUUUUGUUGUUAAUGUUGCAUUACGUUUCUUAGACCAUGGAUCUGUUAAGACAAUAUUCUGACUUUUGCAAUAGAAGUUCAAGGUCUGAUUGAGUGUUAGUACUAGGUUUCCAUUUCCAUGGACUUGUUAUGGUUUAUGGUCCAUGGUUCAGUCUUGAGCAGCCGCUCAUGCUUGGGUGUGUGGGUGCUGAUGUCACAGGUUUGUGGGUGCGUAUGCGGGUUGUAUUUACUGUUACAAAAACAUGCUAAUAAUAACAGUUUAUAAAUCAUGCGACAUCUUUGUAAAACUCUUUCCUUCGAUC